UUUAUCAGUAGCGUGUUUCUCAUUGAACGAAGGUUCCAGUUAUAUCAUUCUCAUAGCAUAGCAUAGAAUAUAGCAUAGCAUAGCAUAUAGCAUAGGGUUCCCCUUCCAACUCUUGCCUUUCUUUUAUCGCUCACCCCCGAUUGCUCUCCACUCAGAGAGAGACAGAGACAGAGAGAAAGAAAUAUCCUCAGAUCAACAACAAAAUCAGAUCUGUGCUUUGAUCCGAUCUCGCUCCACAGCCUUGUAGCUGUAACUCACACACACAGAUCCACCAUCACUGUUUCUAAGAUCUGGGUCUUUUCAGUUUCGCAAUGGCUUUAUCAAAGCCAUUCUUGAAAUGGGUUUUCCUGUUCUUGGUUUUUCUCUCUGCACAUACUACUUGCAACGCAUUUUACCUUCCUGGAAGCUAUAUGCACACAUAUUCGCCUCGGGAUUCCAUAUUUGCCAAAGUCAAUUCCUUGACUUCCAUCGAAACCGAGCUUCCUUUCAGCUACUAUAGUCUCCCUUACUGCCAACCCCCUGAGGGUAUCAAGAAAAGUGCUGAGAAUCUCGGCGAGCUCCUCAUGGGAGAUCAGAUCGAUAACUCCCCAUACCGUUUCCGGAUGAAUGUUAAUGAAACAGUUUACUUGUGUACUACCCAGCCGUUGAAGGAGAACGAGGUUAAGCUCUUGAAACAGAGAACCCGUGAUUUGUAUCAAGUGAAUAUGAUUCUUGAUAACUUGCCUGCCAUGAGGUACUCUAGGCAAAAUGAUGUGAGCAUUCAGUGGACUGGGUAUCCUGUCGGGUUCACUCAAAAUAAUAAGGAAGAUUACAUCAUUAAUCAUCUCAAGUUCAAGGUUUUGGUUCACGAAUAUGAGGGGAGUGGUGUGGAGAUCAUUGGGACUGGGGAAGAAGGUAUGGGGGUGAUUUCGACUGAUGCGGAUAAGAGAAAGGCGUCCGGGUUUGAAAUUGUUGGUUUUGAGGUUGUCCCUUGCAGUGUGAAGCAUGAUCCCGAAGUCAUGCUGAAACAUAAAAUGUAUGACAAUAUUGAUCCUGUGACCUGCCCUUCUGAGCUUGACAAGUCUCAGAUAAUACGGGAGCAAGAGAGGGUGUCAUUCACCUAUGACGUUGAAUUUGUGAAAAGCGAUAUAAGAUGGCCAUCAAGAUGGGAUGCUUAUUUGAAGAUGGAGGGUGCCCGAGUCCACUGGUUCUCUAUCUUGAAUUCAGUAAUGGUUAUCUUUUUCCUGGCUGGUAUAGUUUUUGUUAUAUUCUUGAGGACAGUGAGAAGGGAUCUAACAAGGUAUGAGGAAUUGGACAAAGAAUCUCAAGCUCAGAUGAAUGAGGAGCUUUCUGGGUGGAAGCUUGUUGUGGGUGAUGUCUUCAGAGAACCAAAUUGCCCCAAGCUACUUUGCGUGAUGGUCGGUGAUGGGGUUCAGAUUUUAGGGAUGGCAAUUGUCACUAUUGUUUUUGCAGCUUUUGGUUUCUUGUCACCAGCUUCACGGGGAAUGUUACUUACUGGAAUGAUUGUUCUGUAUCUUUUCCUUGGAAUUGCUGCUGGUUAUGUUGGUGUACGCCUCUGGAGAACCUUAAAGGGAACUUCAGAAGGUUGGAAGUCUGUUUCCUGGUCGGUGGCAUGCUUCUUUUCUGGAAUUGUCUUUGCUAUCCUCACGGCAUUAAAUUUCAUUCUAUGGGGCAGCAAGAGUACUGGUGCCAUUCCCAUUUCCUUGUACUUUUUACUGCUGUUCCUCUGGUUCUGCGUUUCAGUGCCACUUACCCUCCUGGGAGGAUUAUUGGGGACACGAGCUGAGGCAAUUCAGUACCCUGUGCGAACCAACCAGAUCCCUAGGGAAAUUCCUGCACGCAAAUAUCCAUCAUGGCUUCUUGUUCUUGGUGCUGGGACCCUGCCAUUUGGAACCCUCUUUAUUGAGCUAUUCUUUAUUCUUACUAGCAUCUGGCUUGGCAGGUUUUAUUAUGUCUUUGGGUUCCUGCUGAUUGUUCUUUUGUUGCUAGUUAUUGUUUGUGCUGAAGUGUCAGUGGUCCUCACCUACAUGCAUCUAUGUGUGGAGGAUUGGCAGUGGUGGUGGAAAGCUUUCUUUGCUUCAGGUUCAGUUGCCCUUUACGUGUUCCUGUACUCAAUCAAUUACUUGGUUUUUGACCUGAAAAGUUUGAGUGGGCCUGUGUCAGCCAUUCUAUAUCUCGGCUAUUCACUGAUCAUGGCAUUUGCGAUCAUGUUGGCAACUGGCACCAUUGGCUUCCUUAUGUCUUUCUACUUUGUUCAUUACCUAUUCUCGUCCGUAAAGAUUGAUUAAAAAGUGAUAGCUGGUAUUCUUCAUCAACCAGUUGCAGAAGGCUCUGGUAUGUAGGAAGAGGAAAAUAAUUUUCUCGGAUAAUCUUUUUGGCGUUUACUUGUCUGAGGCUGACUGUUUACAGCUCAUAUUAAGAGGCUCUCAGAUGGUUUGAUGAUGCUAUAAAAGCCUGUUAUAUUUUCUAUGCAUCUUGAGUUUAGAGAACAGCAAAGUUGUAAUCCCCCCUUUUCUCUCUUUGUUGUACUUUUUUUAUGCUUUUCCACAAUUACUAAUAUUGAGGUUCAUUUGCACUAUCUGUUUCAGUUUAAUCAUAUUGUUCUAGGAAGUUGUAAUUGUUUGAACUUUCUAUCCUUAUUCUCUUUCAUUUUAUAAUUGAAUAGAAAGGUUGAUUGGUCAUUUGAUUUUA